AUGGAUCACACUGAAGCCGUGUCUAUAGGGCCCUCGCAGCCUGCCAAUGCUGAUAUUCCGACCGUGGAGAGCUCAGAUGUCUCCGGGUCUGAACCGCGUCCGCCUCGUGAAGUAGACCUCGCCCACCUCGCGGUCCGAUUGAUACAAUGCCAGCAUUGUUCGCGCCCGUUGAAUACACCCUUGCGACUGCCAUGCGGCAACUCCAUAUGCCGAUCAUGUCUCCCGCCAGCCAGACCCAGGACGGGCAUCACUUACCCGGUGGCGGAGGGUCGCGAGGAAGAAUUUACCUGCUACUGGGAAGGAACGAGCAAAUGUUCCGGAGACCACUGCGUCGGAGAUUGUGGUACUGAUGUGAUCUUAUCCAAUAUCGCUAUCUUGUUCCAAGAAGAGCUCGCGUUCCCAAGCACGGAAGAUGCCGAGGUCCAGGAGGAGAACAAUCAAGGCCGGGCUAUUCGUUGGGUGGUUGAUCGCAGAGAGGACGCAAAACCAGAGACUCACACAGCACACGUGGGAAGGCUUCCGUGGCUACAAGGGAUCUAUUUACUAGCCUGGGAAGGCCGAUUUCCCUAUCAUGUAUCCCAAGUGACCUACGAGGAGCGGACUGGGCAAGACUAUAGCCCGCAAGAUAUCUCUCAUAUCCAGAAGCUGAGAGACCGGCUUCGCGGGGAACUUGACUGCCAAGUAUGCUAUUCUCUCAUCCUGGACCCUCUAACGACACCCUGCGGUCACACCUUCUGCCGGAAAUGUGUUGCGCGAGUAUUGGACCAUACCGAUUUGUGCCCUGUUUGCCGGCGUAAGGUCGGUAUGCCGUCAACUAUUCAAUCCGAGCCAUUGAAUAGCACCCUGCUUCAUUUGAUCGAUCAUUUUUUCCCGGAUCAGGUCGCUUCUCGGCGAGAAGCCCUUGCUCAGGAUGAAAUUGGAACCGACCAGGAAAAAAAUCUGCCGCUAUUUGUCUGCACUAUGUCAUUUCCAACGAUGCCGACGUUCUUGCAUAUAUUUGAACCUCGAUAUCGUCUCAUGAUUCGACGAGUCGUCGAGAAUGGAGAUGGUAAGUUCGGUAUGGUCAUGUACAACCGGCGCGGCCGACCACAAGGAGAAGAGCUCGGGAGUGUGCCAUUUAUGCAGUAUGGAACGCUGCUGAUGGUUGAGCGAUAUGAACUUCUUCCAGACGGACGCAGCCUUGUGAUUGCAACCGGUAUAUCCCGCUUUAGGGUACUCGAGGCGGGUGAAUUGGAUGGUUACCAUAUCGCUCGUACGGAGCGUGUUGAUGAUCUAAAUCUAGCAGAUGAAGAAAGACUCGAAGCAACCGAAACAGCGGCAGCUGCGAUUCCAGAUCCAUCUCUAGGGCCAAAUGCGGAGCCACCCUUGGACUCCCUGUCAACUCAGGAGCUCCUUGCCCUAGCACGGGAUUUUAUUCGCAAGCAGCGCCAAGCAGGUGCGCCUUGGCUCCACCCACGGGUCAUGCUAGCAUAUGGGCCUGUGCCAACAGAUGCAGUUCGAUUUCCGUGGUGGUUUGCCAGUAUCCUGCCCAUCUCCGAGGAGGAGAAGUACCCUAUACUAUCUGCUAGGAGUGUUAGGGAGCGACUAAAGAUCUCAGCACGUUGGGCAAGAGAGCUGGAGGCUCGUGACUGGUACGUCCAACCUACUAAGACGUCAAGAUUCAUCUAA